AUGGAAAAUCCACUUGAAAGGCUCGUCAAUGAGUCUGGAAAGAACGCUGCUGACGUGCUUUGUCCCAAAGAGAAUUGCAAGUGUGUCAUUUUGAGAAAAAACGCGGCUACUCUUGUUGAAAGAGAUGGGAGCAAGCUUGCCUUACCCGAGUCCAGCUUACCUGCGAACAGUCUAUUAGAAGAUGAUGAUACUCAUUUUUGGCACGUAGGCAACAUGAUGGAUUUCGAAAAUGUUGGAUUUUCAACUACUGUUGGCACCACCAAAUACCUGUCUUGCGCUGAUUGUGAUCUAGGACCCAUUGGUUACCAUGAUACGACGGAUUCCAAGGAGUUUGUUAUCAGCAUCAAAAGAGCAAAGUAUAGAUUCUAA